AUGAGGAACAUCGAUGAAAUUGAGGCGACACUGGAUGCGUGCUUACAAGUACAUCGGUGGGACCGGGCGUUCGCGCUGCUGUCACAACUCAGCCUUUUCUGCCAUCACAAUCCCGCCCGGUUACGGAACUCCUUCAACCGCAUACUUACAGCGUUGGUGGAUGAUCUGAUCUGGAACCGCAAUGCCGAACACGAGAAACGUAUCAACGAGUGGAUCGAAGUGCACAUGCGAAAGGCAGACCUCGAGCCGGACGCACGUACGUUUGCCCUGAAAUUAAAGGCAGCACUCGAAACGCUGCUAGGAUCAAAGCGAGACCGCACCGUUCGCCGCUACUGGGACAUGACGAAGAGGUACGCCCUGGAAGGUAAGGUUCUGGGGAUGCGAGAUGUGCUGGACGAUCGGGAUCUCGGCCGGCUGUCAGAAAUAUGCACCCUCGAUGUUGCCACUCCACGAGUAGAGUCUACCACUAUCACUUUCAGACCAGAUGCAGCAGCAUUGCCAGAGCCUUCGGACAAAGUGGAGGCUCACAUCCGAGAAACAGAGCAGAAAGGUCUGGGUCUGUCUUCUCUCCGACAGUCCCUAUCUCUCUUCUCCGAACAGACUCCGAACGUGACUGAUUCGACGACGACGGAAGACCCUCUCGCGCAAAGACAGCGCAGGUUGGAAAGAGACGCUAUCCAAUCUGCCCUUCAGAGAUGGCAGACCGAAUUCCAAAAGAGAGCAAGGAUGGGUGUCAUGCCGACUGAUCUUGCAUACGGACAAAUCGGGGCUUUGCUCUGGCAAUGGCAUGAGAUGUUGGCCGAGAAGAUUAGGCACGAAAUCAAGCUGGCCAGGGAAGAAGAUUUGGUACCUGGAACAAAGACUCCACAACAGAAGCUCCGUGCUGAAUGUACUCCCUUCCUCGAGCUUCUCGAGCCUGAACACGUGGCGGCCAUAACAUCAAUUGCUCUGAUGCAGAUAAUGAGCAAAUUCGGCGCAACAAAGUCGAUCAAGCUUGUGAAGCUCGUCACUGCGCUCGGACAACUCCUCGAACACGAGUAUAAUGCGACAACGACCAAUCAGAGGAAAAGCGCUUUCUAUAAAGCUGCCAAAAAAGCAGAAAAGGGCCAAGGAGAUCUCGGUUCGUUCCUCGAAUCGGCCGAAACCAUGGAGACGCACCUUUACAGACGCUCGUCCCAUCACGCCGCUAAGCCUUUCAUGUACACUCCUGGGUGGACAAAAGCGAUACACGGUAAAAUUGGCGCUGUCCUUUGCGAACUCAUGUUUGAUACGGCAAAGAUCACAGUACGCAGGGAGAAUCCUGCGACUGGGGCGAUACUUUCAUUGCCUCAGCCGGUCUUUCUGCACUCGACCGCCUACUCAAAUGGCAAAAGGGUUGGAGUGGUGUCCUUGCACGAAGAUUUUGUCAAGAUAUUGGUCACUCAGCCUGCUGAGCAUCUGAUUGCCAAGCAACUCCCUAUGGUGUGCCCGCCGAAGCCUUGGAAGAGCUUCCGUGAUGGAGGUUAUUUGGAGUCCAAGCAGCCAUUUCUGCGUAUCAAACACAACGAAACGGCGCAGAAGGACUAUGCUAUUGCCGCGGCCAGCCGUGGUGAUUUGGACCAGCUUUUCGCCGGUGUAGAUGUCCUUGGCCAGACGGGGUGGCGCAUUAACAAGAAUGUCUUUACGGUCAUGCUCGAAGCAUGGAACAGCGGGGAAGAAGUCGCCAAUCUUCCUCCUCUCAACAAAGUCUUCCCUGAUAUCGAUCGACCGGGCGAAAAUGCUUCCCCAAGAGAUCGCUGGGAAUGGUUCUCAAAGAUGAGGGCAGUCGAUAACGAGAAGAGUGGCCUUCAUUCGAAUCGGUGUUUCCAGAACUUCCAGAUGGAGAUUGCUAAAGCUUACUUGGACGAGACGUUCUACUUGCCGCAUAACAUCGACUUCCGUGGACGGGCAUAUCCUAUCCCGCCUUAUCUUAAUCAGAUGGGCGCGGACAAUUGCCGUGGACUCCUCCUGUUCGAUCAUGGUCGCGAGCUCGGCGCCGAGGGUUUGCGGUGGUUGAAAAUUCACUUGUCUAAUGUCUAUGGGUAUGACAAGGCCAGCUUGUCUGACCGCGCACAAUUUCCCAUGGAUCACCUCAGCGACAUAUACGACUCUGUGAGGAACCCGCUCAGUGGACGGCGAUGGUGGCUCGGGGCAGAGGACCCCUGGCAGUGCCUGGCCACCUGUUUCGAACUCACCAAUGCACUCGACAGCCCGGACCCAACUAGUUUUGUUUCCCGACUACCAAUUCACCAAGACGGCUCCUGCAACGGAUUGCAACACUAUGCUGCCCUUGGUGGUGAUAUCGCUGGGGCGCGACAGGUUAAUCUAGAGCCGGGUGAUAAGCCUGCCGAUGUCUACACCGGAGUGUGCGAGUUGGUCAAGGCCGAGAUCAAAGAAGAUGCCGCCAAUGGCGAUGAGUUGGCGAAAGCGCUUGAUGGGAGAGUCACCAGGAAGGUCGUCAAACAGACCGUCAUGACAAACGUCUAUGGUGUCACGUUUCUCGGGGCCAUUCGACAAGUGCGCAAGCAAGUCGAGUCCUUGCUUCCGGAGAUCGAAGCAGCCGGACAGUCGGGUAAGGCGGCUACAUACAUCGCAAGGAAGAUCUUCAAGGGUCUUGGAGCGUUGUUUAGUGGCGCGCAUGAGAUCCAGUACUGGCUCGGCGACUGCGCGAAUCGUAUCAGCUCAUCCAUCUCCCCUGCGCAACAAGACAAGAUCUAUGAAGAUGUGUUCUUGUCCGACCACAAAGCUAAAGCUUUUGCCGGCGCAAGGAGAACCAAAACCAAGGGCAAGGAAGUCUUGGAGUCUUCGACAUUCCGGUCACCCGUCAUUUGGACCACGCCUCUCAAACUCCCUGUCGUGCAGCCAUAUCGCAUCAACAAAGGCCAAAGGAUCCGGACUAAUCUACAGAGCAUCAUGCUCGCCCAGCCGAGCGCGGCAGAUUCUGUCAACAAGCGAAAGCAAUUGCAGGCGUUUCCCCCGAAUUUCAUCCACUCCCUGGAUGCCACACAUAUGAUUCUGUCGGCACUCAAGGCUAACGAAGUCGGUCUAAGCUUUUCAGCCGUGCACGACAGUUUCUGGACUCACGCAGCCGACGUCGAUACGCUCAACGUACUGCUGCGAGACGCCUUCAUCCGCAUGCACAGUGACGACAUUGUUGGAAGGCUCGCAGCAGAAUUCAACAAACGCUACGACGGACACUACUACCUUGCUCAAAUCAACAAAAACAAUGUGCUCGGCCGGGCUAUCGCCAAGUACCGCAGAGAGCUAGUGGAAGCGGGCGUGUUCCCAAAGGGCAGUGGCGCAAAAGCGGUUCAACAGCAGCGGCACGUCGAGCUCGCACGGGAAGUGCGUAAAAAGAAGCUCAUGGCAAGCGAGGAUCCCGCCGAGCGCAAAGAAGGUGAAGAAAUGGUUACCGCCGCAGCCCUUUAUGAGGAGCACAACGGAGACCGGUAUCUUUCCACUCGAGACUCACUGGGGGAGACGGCAAUUGGCAUGGUCCCCGAGUCUGCCGAGAUUGCGGACGAAGUGGUCCUGGACAAGGCGCUAAACGAUAGCGAGGUGGCUAGCGACGUCGAUCUUGCUGGCACGCUGGAUCCGCUGAGAGACUCGGUGGCCAACGAGAAUGACGAGGACAUCGUCGAAGCGGGAGAUCAUCCCAGUGCAUCAGAUCCCACCAACGACAGUCACGAUGUUAACGUCUUUGGACAGAAAGUCCGCAAGCCGAAGAAGCAGAACAAACAGGGUCAGAGCCAGCAGACGUGGGUGUGGUUGCCGAUCAAGUUCCGACCUGUGCCACAGAAGGGGGACUUUGACGUUAAGAGAUUGAAGGAUAGCGUUUACUUCUUCUCAUGA